CGGUGACUGCCUGAGAUCAAAAUAGUAGAGCACUGUUUAUAAACACUGCGCUCUGGAUAAAACGUACAGUUAUUAAUUGUCUAAGGAGCCUAAUGCUAUCCGGGGAGCAACCAUGGCGAAAUAUGUACUCGGCAUAGACAUAGGAACUACUUCAAUCAAGGUCGUGUUACUUGAUAUUAACUCAAAAACAGUAACGGAUAGCUUCUCUUUGCCAACCAAGGCAUAUAUCGUCAGCGACGAAACGCAUGCCAAAGAGCAGGACUCUGUACAAAUCAUAACGACUCUGAAUGAGUGCAUUGCCUCUCUGCCCAUAGACAAGCUCCAGAAUGUCAGUAGAAUUGGGGUGUCUGGACAAAUGCAUGGGGUUGUAUUCUGGAAAGCACAAACAGGCUGUAAUUGGUCAGGUGGAGACAGCCGCCACCUCUUCAGCCCUAGAGACACCAGUCAUCUAAUCACCUGGCAGGAUGGGCGCUGCAACAGUGAUUUCCUGUCUACUCUUCCAAACCCAGACUCACAUCUCAGUAUAGCCACAGGCUUUGGUUGUGCCACGAUCUUCUGGUACAUGAAAUACAGGCCGGGGUUCCUGUCUAACUUCAUGGUGGCAGGAACCAUCCAUGACUAUGUGGUGUCCAUGCUGUGUGGCUUGGAGAGCUGUGUCAUGACUGGCCAGAAUGCAGCCAGCUGGGGAUACUUCAACACUGCCACCAACCAGUGGAACAUAGACAUUCUGAAGGAUGCUGGCUUUCCUGUGCACCUGCUCCCUGAGUGUGUGCCGUCCGGCUGCAUGGCUGGUCAGACGUGCUGUGAGUGGCAUGGCGUCCCUGCCAGCACACCUGUAGGGGCAGCCCUGGGGGACUUCCAGUGUUCUGUCUACUCCAGCAUGACUGACAGGACGGAAGCAGUUCUCAAUAUAAGCACCUCAGCCCAGCUGACCUAUGCCAUGCCACUUGACUUCACUCCGCCAAAUAUCCCUGAUCCCACCUCUUCCAUCUCCUACUUCCCUUACUUUGAUGGCUCCUACUUGGCGGUGGCAGCAUCACUCAACGGAGGGAACGUGAUGGCCACUCUUGUAGGCAUGCUGAGUGGCUGGAUGAACGAGCUAGAGGUGGAAGUGAGCGACUCCAGCUUGUAUGAGAAGCUGAUCAGAUGUGCCCUUGGAGUGGACAGUAGUGACCUGAGGGUUAGUCCUACCAUCCUGGGGGAAAGACAUGACCCGCUCAGCCUGGGCCAGGUGUCCAACAUACACCCUUCCAACCUCUCCCUGGGCCACAUGACCAGAGCGGUGUGCCAUGGUGUUCUGGACAAUAUCACCUCCAUGAUGCACCCGGUCUUCCUGCUGGAGGCCGGAGUGCAAAGGAUCAAGGGCAGUGGGAGUGCCUUAUCCCGUAACGCAGUACUCAGACAGGAAGCAGAAAGGGUGUUUCCUCUGCCUGUGGAAUAUGGACAGGAUGUGGACUCAGCUGUGGGUGUGGCGAUAGUCUUUCAUGACAGAAUGUGAGUUAUGAUUCACACAGAGGGACUAUUUGUUUACUUGCAUAUUUGAAUACUUGAAAUGUAUUUUUUCUGAAUGGCUAACAGAGACUAUUACAAUAAACAUCAUGCUUAUUUUACAUUCCAGUGAUAUCCUCAGACAUGUUUAUUAAUGAAUACUAUUGGAAAUUCAUAGUGCAAUCUCCAAUCAAGACGAUGUCUCACAUUUAUAGUAUGAACUAAAAGUUCAAUUAGGCCUAUAGUAAGUGGUAAUUGGUAAUGUAUAGUUAACUACAGUAAAAAAAAAAUACUUUAUUAAUGUUUGCAUUAGUGCACUUGAAAUUUCAACUAAAACAUUGUUCUGCUACUGCUAGCUUACAUAUCAGUGUUACUAGUAAUAAUUACUUAGGUAAGAUUUUAGUAUUGAUAAUGAUUACAACUGUUUUUACUUAAUGAUUCAAUUGUUAUGUUAUAAUGGCAUGUAAAUAAAUCCUAAAUCUUGUUGAUACCUCUAA